GAAAGCAACCAUCAGUUCCUGUGUUUCGACUUCUGUAACUGCGAAUUUGACAGACGAAACGGAUAGCCGCAGUGAGUGCAACAGUAGCACAACAAGGCUAUAGAUUGUCGAGGAAGGAGGCAAGUUUAUGUAAAAAGCUGCGAGAUUCAAGUCGUUUCUAAAAGAUAAAGUUUAGGAUCCCCUGAGCCAUACUACUGAGGUACGUCCAUAUAAGGGAUUAACUAAACCCAGGAUUUCUGAGAUGAACCUAAUCCUCUCGGUUUUUCUCCUGGUGUUAUUGACUUCGUGUCAAAAUGGCGUCCACGGCAAAAGAAGGAAAGACAAUAAAUCCAGGCGGCCAAACAUUAUUUUUAUUUUGAUGGACGAUCUUGACGUUCAACUCGGCUCGAUGCAAGUGAUGACGAAAACGCGCAAGAUGUUCGAGAGGCAUGGUACAGAGUUUGUAAACGCAUUCGUCACCAGUCCCAUAUGCUGUCCUUCGCGCUCGUCCAUUCUGACCGGCAUGUACGCGCACAAUCACGGGUGUUUGACAAACACGAUAAACUGCGCUUCCAUGUCCUGGAGACAAGGACCCGAGAGACGAAACUUUGGCCAUUAUCUUCAGCAAAGUGGUUAUAGAACAGGAUACUUUGGCAAAUAUUUAAACAACUACGAUGGUAAAUGGGUUCCGAAUGGUUGGGACAACUGGUCGGCGCUGUUGAAAAACAGCAAAUUCUACAACUACACUUUGAUUCGUAACAGAAGGUUUGAGAAACAUGGCCAUGAUUAUGGCAGGGAUUAUUUCACAGAUGUUGUGACAAACUAUAGCAUAGAUUUCUUUCUGAAGUCGAAAACCAACCAACCCAACAAGCCUGUGAUGAUGGUGGUCGGAAUGGCCGCACCUCACGGACCUGAGGAUCCCGCACCACAGCAUAAAGAUUUGUUUAGUAAUGUGACCGCUCCAAGGCAUCCAAACUUCAAUGCCCACUCCAAAGACAAACAUUGGAUAGUACGAUACACCAAACCCAUGGACAAACAAAAGGUUGCCUUUUCUGACCUGCUUCACCGCCGACGUUUGCUCACAUUGCUUUCUGCUGAUGACGCAAUUCACAGAUUGUACAAAAGCCUUGAACAGCGUGGAAUGCUGGACAAUACCUACAUAUUCUUGAGCUCGGAUCAUGGCUAUCAUUUGGGACAGUUUGGAAUGGCCAAGGGGAAGUCACAGCCGUACGAAACAGAUAUAAGAAUUCCGUUCUACGCUUUGGGACCAAAUGUACCGAAGGCCAAAAAGGUGAAAGACGUAGUGUUGAACAUUGAUCUGGCCCCAACGUUUCUCGAUAUCGGGGAUGUCCGAGUACCGAAUGGUAUGGAUGGACGAUCUGUCUUGGGGCUGUUGGAAUCUUACGAACACAAGAAUAACAAUUUGAAUUGGAGAGACUCUUUCCUUGUUGAAAAAUCCAAAAAGUUUUACUCGAAUCAGAAGAAUACAGCGAAGACCAAAUUAGAAUUGAUUAACGAGAAAUGCCGGCGCCUCUCGUAUCCACGCUCUUGCAAACCUGGUCAAGAAUGGACGUGUACGAUCAUCAAGGGACAGUUGAGGCUUCGGAAAUGCCGACGGAAUUCGUCGAGUCGCGGAAGUACUCCGAGAUUGCCCCGAGGCUUGAGUGGAAGAUACGGUACGAGUUCCAAACGAUGCAAGUGCCCGAAGAAUGAACGAGGGCGAAUGGAUCGCUUCAGAAGAAGAUACGUUGAAGACCAGCCUCGUGAUAUCUACCGCUGGUACAUGAGAUCGCAGCAGGAGCGAAGAGGAACGAAGAAUCCCGACAAUUACGACCGCCAUCUUAGGAAGGAAAUGCUCUCAAAGUACAACAAAAGAACGAUGAGUAGGUUGAUGCAGGAUAAGAUGAGAAAGCUUAAUUCAAGGAUCCAAGCUUCACGAGAGCGUCUAUCUCAGCUCAGAUCAAAGAAGAUAUCGCUGGUCGCAAACAUGAUGAAAGAACCGGAGAGAAGAACUUCUUGUCGUUGUGUCAAUGGUAGAAUGAUUCAAUCCGAAAGAGUGAAAUUUGCGAAUAGAAAAAGCAGCAACAGUUCUAAACAGAACAGAAAAUCAGGAAGGAAUGCGAAGAAGAAGACGAGAAGAAAGGAUAGGAAACGACAAUAUCGAUUGAACAAGAAAAAAGUUUGUUUAGCUCCAGGAUUAAACUGUUUCAGGCAUACAAAUCAGCAUUGGAAGACAGCGCCAUUUUGGAAAAAUGGUAGCUUUUGUUUCUGCCCGACGUCCUCCAACAACAGUUUCUGGUGUUUGCGAACGAUUAAUGCGAACGAGAACUACAUUUACUGCGAAUUUGUGACGCAAUUUUGCGAGUUUUACGACCUCAAUACCGAUCCAUAUCAGCUCAACAACACAGUGUCCACGCUCUCUCGGACGUUUCAUGCUAAAUUGCACAAUAGGCUGGGAGUUUUGACUCAAUGUCGUUCAAGUGGCUGUGAGAUGUAUCCAGGCAGACGUAUACCACGAAACACUAUAAUUCCACUGGAGAAAUCAUGUACAAAUCGAAAAUACUUUUGAUAGCAGAACGUAGCCAGGUACUGGGGAAGUACAUAACGGGAUCCGGGAAACAUAAAUGCUAGGAACGCGAGUUCGCUUCGUAAAAACGUGAUCUAUAUCAGCUGCAUUUAAACCGUGACAUGUAACUAUGAAUAAAAAAAACCUUGCAUGCAAAAUUAAUUCGAAGAACGUUUCGUUUUUAACUCAAGGUAGGCUGUUUUUAAAUGACGAAGCUUGAGACAAAAUGUGCAAGAAAGGUAAUUCAAAAAUGGAAAGCAAUACAUAAUUAUCAAAUGCGGAUAAGUAGAAAAUGAUUCGAUCUUUUAGCGAUAAAUCAUGUUGCGGUUCAAAUGCAAUUUAACAUGAUGUAGAGCAUAACGUUUUCAGGCGCAGUCAAAAUUCCGAGCGCAGGCAAACGAGCUUGAAAAAGAGUUUAAAAUAAGUAAGUUUAAAUAAGUUAGCAUCAAAUGUGGUAUAACAACUGCCUAAAAUAGACAAAACA